GGCUGAGUUCACAAGGACGGUGUACAUGCUUAGUUUUUGAAGCAUGUGAAGCACGCCGGUGGAUGCCGACUUUUUGCAGGAUCCCUCCCGGCUACCAGGAUUACAAGCUUGCCUGCCCUUUCGUUGUGUGCAUCGACCUACCUUCAGCUUUCGAACCAUUAUCUUGUCCAUGUCGUAUUUUCUAGAUAUUAUGUUGAUAAGUCCGCUAGUAACAACAUCGAUUUUUGAGUCUUUACAAGAUACCUACUUUGCACAUACACAUUAUUGUUGUGGCUUGAGAGUUUGAUUACUCUGCCUAAUCCACUGGCUCAACUCAGCUAAGCUCAAUACUACUUAAAUACUGAGCUGAAGGACUGCUACCAUCGGCUCUUAAAACCAACACAACUGAGUUCCUACCUCUCUGCACAAUGGUCACCGAGACCGAAGGCAGCUUCACCAUUGGUGAUGUGAGCCUACACACCAAAACUUGGAUGCCCGAUGGACCGCCCAAAGCCAAAGUCAUCAUGGUCCACGGCUUCAACGACCACGUGGACCGCUACUACGACUUUUUCCCCACGUUAGCGCGCGCCGGCAUAGCCGUGUACGGGUUCGACCAGCGCGGCUGGGGCCGCAGCGUCAAACACCCGUCGCAGCGCGGCCUGACGGGCCCGACUUCUCUCGUCAUUGCCGACAUCGCCGCCUUCAUCCGGUUGCAGCUGCCCUCGCCCGUUCCCAUCUUCGUGCUUGGCCACUCGAUGGGAGGCGGCGAGGUACUAACCCUGGCUAGCUCGCCCGAGUACGAGGAUUUGAUUACUCAAGUCCGUGGCUGGAUCUUAGAAGCGCCCUUCAUCGCGUUCGCGCCCGAGGAGACGCCCGGGUGGUUCAAAGUGCUCAGCGGCAAGCUGGCGAGUCGGUUACUGCCGCAUUUCCACCUAGAGCACGUCAUACCGCCCGAGCACGUCGUCCGGGACGCCGAUGUGCAACAGAGUAUCCGCGACGAUAAUUUGUUACACAACAUGGGGACUCUGGAAGGGCUGGCUAGUCUGCUGGAACGGACGGACAACCUGUUCAAGCGCAAGGUGAAGCUGAGUCCCAAGGUCAAAUCGCUUGUUAUCAUGCAUGGGGACCACGACAAGGCGUGUAGCUACGAGAGGGCCAAGGAGUGGUUCGAGGCGCAGAGCAUUGAGGACGGGCAGUUUAAAACGUAUGAGGGGUUCUAUCACCAGCUUCAUGCUGACCCGGGGAAGGAGGGGUUUUAUCAGGAUGUCGUGAAUUGGAUUCUGAAGCGGGUUGGGCCUGAGGCUGAUAGCAGCCGUGUUCCUACUAUUACGACUACGGCACCGACUCCGCUGUCGGAAAAUGCGCCUAAUUCUAAGUUGUGAGAGGCAAACCGGCAGGUGGCAUUGAGGAAGCAGCGUGGAGUGAAGGGCGCUGCGGUUGACCGCAAGAGCUAGGCAUUGCUUAUGGCGCUCGACUCAGAAAAGAGUAAUUAUCGGCGCAUAUGCGUCGCUACGUAAUUGGGAUUGAUUGAUAGUUCAGACCUCUACCAUAAGCUGCUCAGUGCGAUUACCCUAUUGCCGGUUCGAGAUAUCAAUUUGAGAGUGCUGGUG